AUGGCAGGUGAUGAUGGAAGUGGGGGUCAUACUCCCAAGGACUUCAACAAGUGUGUUAGCCAAGAACAGCUAGAUGAUGCCAAGAGAGAGAUGCACGAGGUCGUCACCAAGGCAGUCACCGAGGCGAUCAUAGGCCUCAAGCUUGGUGAAAUCAUUGAGAGGGUUGACAGGCGGAUAUCCACGCUUACUGACAGGAUCGAUGUGCUGGAGGCUCGUCCACAGAACAAUCAAGAUGAGGACAUGGUGUAUGAUGACAAGGGUAAUAUAGAUGAAGCGGCCACACGGGAAGCACGGCUACGCCAUCGUCUUCGCCGCAAUACACAAGGUAUGGGUGGUACUCACAACCACAACCACAACCACCAGCAAGGUAAUCAGAAUCGUGUACCCGAUGAUCCUUAUGCUAAGGUUAAGUUUACCAUACCUUCCUUUUCGGGAUAUUAUGAUGCUGAGGGGUACCUUGAUUGGGAGAUGACAGUAGAGCAGAAAUUUAGUGCACACCUUGUACCUGAGCAACAUAGAGUUAGACAAGCCACUAGUGAGUUUAAAGAUUUUGCUAUCAUUUGGUGGACCGGUCUAAUUGCUGAGGAUGCUGCACCUACUACUUGGAAUGAUCUUAAGUCUGCUAUGCGUGAUAGAUUUGUUCCCCCAUCUUACCAUAGAGAUUUGCGUAAGAAAAUGAUGCGCUUAGAACAGGGAGAUAAAACCGUGCAGGAUUAUUAUGGUGAGCUUCAAAAGGGUUUGAUGCGUUGUGCCAUAGUUGAGGGAACUGAGGAUGCUAUAUGUAGAUUUUACUCGGGUUUGAGGCGUGACAUUCAGGACAUUGUUGAUUACAAAGAAUUUCACACUGUCAACCAGUUGUUUCAGUUUGCCAUGCUUGCAGAGAAGGAGUUGCAGGGACGUCAUUUGCAGAGCAGGAGCAAGGCCACCUACACCCCACGCGCGGCGCCGUCUUCGGGGCUGACCAAGCCUUCCUCUUUUCGAUCGCCCCCUCCUGCGAGCAACAAGCGACCAGCAGCUUCGGAAGCUGCCACAAUGCCAAAACCAUCUCCUGCGCGAACUUCAGACUCAGGUAAAAAGCUUUUGCAGGAGCCAGCCAAGAGUUCGUCCUCUGUGGCCUCGACGGGAGGCACGACCGUUCAGUGCCACCGCUGCCAUGUAUUUGGACAUGUGCGGAUGGAUUGUCCAAGUCAGCGGGCAUACAUUGCUACAGAAGACGGCUACAUUAGUGCCUCCGACAUUGAUGAUGAAGAAGAAGAAGCAGAAGAGGCUGCGGAGGCCGGCCAUGUUCUGGGUAGCGAGAACACAGCAGCCUUCAGGAGCAUCAUUGUGAAGCGAGUGCUCAGCGUACAGGUACAACAACCAAAGAAGCUUCAACGCCAUAAUUUGUUCCAGAUUUUCUUCGUCAUCAACAAUCGGCGAGCACGUGUCAUCAUUGAUGGAGAUUGUGAUGUUGUACCUAUGGAGGCGUGUUCGCUUUUGUUGGGUCGACCUUGGGAAUUUGAUAAUGAUGCUUUACACCAUGGUAGAAGUAAUACUUACACCUUCAUGCAUAAGGGAAAUAAAAUUACUUUGCUUCCUAUGACCCCUGCUGAAAUUGUACAAGCUGAAAAAGAACGAGCUGCUACUUUGCAUGAAACUAAAUCUGAAAAUCAGCAAGUUGCUAAUUCUGUUUACCCACUUAAAAAUGAUAAGUCUGCACCUAGUUCCAAGACUGAUGGGAUUAAAUUGAAGGGUGGAGUUUUACUUGCUAGAAAAUGUGACCUAGCUGAAAUUUCUGAUGAUGAUGAGUUUGAGGGCAUUUUUCCAGCUGAGAUACCUCCCGGAUUGCCACCUAUGAGGGGAAUUGAGCAUCAGAUCGACUUGAUUCCGGGAGCGACUUUGCCUAACCGAGCUGCUUAUCGAACCAACCCCGACGAGACUAAGGAAAUUCAGCGCCAAGUCCAAGAGCUUUUGGACCGCGGGUAUACUUGA